AUGAUGUGUAUUACGGAAUAUUUUAAUCUUAACAGAACACUUUUGUUGACUAUAGGCUUGUGGCCAUAUCAACAAUCAAAACUUGACCGACUUCGAUUUAUUUUCUUCCUCGGUAUUUUGACAACCGCUAUUUUAUUUCAAUUUACAACUUUCUUUAAUUCAAAAUGCACCGCUGAUUUCGUCGUCAAGAUUCUAUCAAGCGCACUCUUUUUUAGUACCUUUGUAAUAAAAUACAUUUUCUUCGCUAUUAAUGCCAAAUCUAUAAAAGACUUAUUGACCCAACUUCAAUAUGUGUACGAUCAAUUAAAAGAUGAAUGUGAAAAUGCUAUCGUUGAAAAAUAUAACAGUAAUGCAAAACAUUAUAUGAUUGUGCUUACGGCGUUCGGUAUUUGUGGUAUAUCUGUUCUUAUUAUCGCACAACUUUGGCCGAAUAUAAUUGCUGUUAUUUCACCGAUGAACGUAUCUCAAGUACGUCGUCUGCCAAUUAUGACAGAGUAUUUCAUCGAUCAAGAAAAAUAUUUUUCUUUCAUUCUACUACAUUUAAAUGCAGCAUUUUGCAUAGGAAUGACUGUAGUAGUGGCGACCGGAACAAUGCUUAUUGCAUAUCUUGAACAUAUCUGUGGACUGUUUAAAAUAUCUAGUUACCGAAUUGAAUGCGCAAUGAGAGUAAUUUUAUUUCAAAAUAUUCAGCCAAAGAACGAUACAUUGAUGUUAAAAGAAAUAAGAUAUGCCGUGGAUAUACAUCGGCAAGCUAUGAAAUUAUCCAAAACUAUGGUAUCCAAAUUUGAAGCAAUGUUGUUCUGUUUAAUAGCGAUAGGAGUAAUAUCACUGAGUCUUAAUCUUUUUCAAAUUUUUCAGAUUAUAUCAAACAGAGAUAACAACAUCAGUGAAAUUUUAUUUCCAUCUGUACUUGUGUUUAUUAGUAUUUUAUAUAUGUUCUUUGCUAACUAUAUCCCGCAAAAUGUGACAGAUCAUAAUGAUCAUGUAUUUGUUACCGUGUAUAACGUUCAGUGGUACAUAGCUCCAUUAUAUGUACAGAAACUAAUGCUGUUUAUGUUGCAAAGGAACGUCCGAGAAUUUACUUUAGGUGUUGGUGGAUUAUUUGUCGGAUCGUUAGAGUGUUUCGCAACGCUGGUAAAAGCUUCUGUCUCAUAUUUUACUGUCAUAUAUUCAACGCAGUAA